AUGGUGGUUUCUGGAGUCGGGGACUAUACUCGCUUGCGUGUGUCUUGCAAAGGUCAAAGCCAGGGCCAGACCGCCGGGCGCUCCUACUACUGCGACUUCCAGGGCAAACCCAACCUGUGCCGUGCCUACAACCUCAACCCUCGCCACUACUUCACCCAGAUGAUGUGGGACAUGAGGAAGCUCAGCCACGCCUGCCAGGGACCCAAAAUCUACCGUCCACAGAUGUGCAAGAAAUACCCCGAUGACGCCCAGAUGACCUUCCUGGCCGCCUGGCCCAAGACCACCACCCCCAGGCCCUCCAAGCCCGUCCAGGAGCCACGUAAACCAGUGGUCCCUGCCCAGUCUAGGCCUGCUACAACUCCCAAAGCUGCCAAGCCUCAGCCUGUCAAACCCCAACCAGGCAAGGGCCCACAGACCAAGAAGACCACCCCUAAACCUGGAAAGACCACUACUCGUCCCACAGAGCAAUCUGAAUCCAAAGCAGCCCGCAUCGCCUCUGAGUACUGCUGGAAGAGCUUCCAUGGAGUCUGCACCUACUUCAUCAGCUGGUUCCAAAACUGAGGCGAGACUUAAGACACAGGUGAGUGAAAAACAAAGCAGAAAAGUAAGAGUUAAAAAGUUUAAGAUAAAAGUGAUAGUUAAAAACAGUUUAAAAUGAAUCUGACUAUGAUGCCAGAGAAGAUCAUGAGAUGUAGAAGCCAGUCAAAUCAUGUUUAUCAAACUAUACCCAAGCUGUCAAUCCACAACAUGAAACUAGCAUGAUCUUAAAAAUCCUCACUGAAUCUUUCAUUUUCAAUCUUUUCAGGUCGUAAACAGCAGCGAUGAACCCGGUCAGAACUCUUCUCCUCUAUCUUUGACCUCUCCAGGAUCUGUGCAGGAG